GCCAGCCAGAGCACAGGCACCGAGGUCAGGGGAACGAGUGGGUUUUAUUUUGGGUAUCAGCGACCUUCCCCUCGGGGCACCGGGCUGUGCUGCGGCAGGACACACCGAGCGGGCCCUGCUGGAUGGGCCGCCGCCCGCCGAGGGCCUGCAGCAGGUGGCAGCGAUGCUCAUUGUGGCUGCCCGGGGCCCCCAGAGGCCACCUGGCCCCCCACCACCCCUGUUGCCCAAGCCAGGGAAAGAUAACCUGCAUCUGCAGAGACUCCUGAGGAAGGCGGCCCGGAGGAAGAUGACCAAGGGUGGGCCUCCCGCCCCGCCAGGGGCUUUCCGGGCCUCCCUGUCCCCUGUGAGCGAGGCCAGCCAUGACCAGGAGACCACAGCCCCGCGCCCUGCCGAGGCCCCGCCCGUGCGGUCCUCGCUGCCCCGCUCCCCCCACCCCCCUGUCAUCCACCACGUGGCCUCACCCCUGCAGAAAUCCACGUUCUCCUUCAGCCUUACCCAGCGCAGGACCCUGGCUGCUCACUUCAAGGCCAUGGCGCCCCAGCUCGCAGCCCCAACCCCAGAACACACCCAGUCCCCCAGCGCAGUCUUGGCCCCUGCAGUGGAGGGUGCCCACAUCAGCCAGGUACACAUCCAGGUGGUGCCGUCCCCACCAUCUGGGACCCUUGAGCCCCAUCAGAUGGCCACAGAGGAUGGGCCUGGUGACCAGGACAGAGACACAGCCCUGUGCCCUCCUGGGGCCCAGUCCCUGAUCCCAGUGGCCCACAUCCGCCCACUGCCUGCUGGGACCCAAGCCACCAGCUCCUGGCCCGAGUUGCCCCCUGUGCCCAAACACCCCCCCAGCUCCCAGGCCUCAGUGCCCAGGGAGGCCAGUACCCGGGUCGUGGUGCCCCUCGCCCCCACCUACUGCUCGCCGGGACCCUCGCCUUACGGGCUGGCCUCUGCAGCCCAUGAAGCUGAGCAGAUGGAACAGCCUCCCACAGUUGGCUCUGUGGCUGAGGUUGAGCAGGUCUCCAGCCCAUGCAGGGCCUGGUCCCCAGCACCCGCCUCAGGCUCCGACCCGUGCCCUGCCCUCAGAGCCGCACCCAAGCCCCGGCUCAGUGGCUGGACUCGCCUGAGGAACCAGCUGAUGGAGCCAGUGGAGGAGGCCCCAGUCCUGGGGCCGGAACAUAGCCCGGAGCAUACAGGGCAGAAAGAGACAGGCCACACCAGCCCGCUGCCACCGCCCCCUGCCUCCCGGGCCUCUAGGAUGUGGGACGCAGUGCUGUACCGCAUGUCGGUGGCCGAGGCUCGGGGCAGCCCAGCAGGGCCCCGGGACAGGGUGCCCACCCUGGCUGGCCUCGGCCACCUGCCCUUCCUGUGCCGACCUCGCUUCAAUGCCCGGAAGCUGCAAGAGGUGGCUGCCCGGGCCCCUCUCGUGAUCCCCUCCGUCCUGGAGCUGAGCCCCGGGCCCAAGAACUUCAACAGGACGGCGGUUGGCUGGAGGCCAGGGUGAAUGAAUGGCCAGGGUGGCCCCAGGGCCCAGGACUGUGGGCUGGACAGAGGAGGGGUGGGGGUCUGGCUGGGAAGCUGCAGCCAUGGAGGAGGGCAUCAGGGCCAGACAGGUGCCAAGGGGAGCCUGGGGGUGGCUGGGUGGUCAGGAGGGGCAGGUUGGGUGGAUGAGAGCAUGAAGGACUACACUGGGAAGUGGGAUGAGGCUGGGAGCAAGUGGGGUUAAGGAGGCGGUGGGCUUCAGCGGUGUGGAGGGGUCUAUGACAGGUAGAGCAGGGGGCCUUGCGGGGGGAAACUUGGUGAGGAGGGAAGUACACAAGGCCACUGUGAGGCAGGGGAUUGGACUGGCUGACUGCGAGUGGCAGCGCCGGCCUAGGUCCCUGCAUGGGCUCCGGGCAAGGAGGUACAGGGAGGGGCCUGACUGCAGCCUGCGUGCUGCAGGGAGGGCCUGCCCAGGGCUCUGAGGAAGCCUGGUGCUCCCGAGGGGUGGCAGGCGGGGAGGGUGGGCCAGGCGUAGCCCCUGGGGCCUCGGGGUGGGGAGCCCUGAGGCUUGGUGGGGCAGGCGGGUCCUGGGUCCAGGCUCUGUGGCCCCCUCCU